GUGCUGACUUGGCCUUGUUUUAUUACCACAUGUGAAUGAUGUAACCCUUGAUAAACGCUCAAGUUCAACUCCGUUCCUUGUCCUGCUGCCAAUGGUCCUGUGCCGCGCUAGAUUUAAUCCCCUUCGUAUGAGACGCUUCUUUGAGCAAGAUUCGUCCACCCCUUAUGCUCGAUCUGUUUUCCAAUGUAGAUGGCAUGUAGUCAGCGGCGAACCCAUCACCAUCCCCGACGAGCAGAUUUCUCGUCACGAUCGGCGGGCAGUGGCCAUCCUACACGGGGAUGUGGUUAGAGGGAGCGCAGACGAGAGACGAGAGACGAGAGACUGAGAGCGCGAGGAGUUCAGUCAGUCAGUCUCCUCAGCUCAUGUACGUCUGCUCGGAUCUGUUCAAACUUUCUUCACCUCCCAGCUUACCUUCUGCACUCCUCCUCCUCCUCCUCCUCCUCCUCCUCCUCCUCCUCCUCUUCAUUCGGCG